AUGCUCCAUGACAUGCGCCAGACAAGAUUCAAGGACCAGCUCAAUAUCCUAAUUUACUGUAAAUAUUCUGGUUGUAAUAUUGUAACGUUCCCUGUAGGCCGCAUCCAUCGACUCCUGAAGUCGAGAGUUACUGCUCAAGGAAGAGUGGGUGCGACGACUGCUGUCUAUUCUGCAGCUAUUUUAGAUUUUCCCUGCUGCUUGGUGGUGUUCAGCCCUGACCGCAAACCCCAACAAAGGGCUGGCAUUCUAGAGCAUGCUUUGUUGAUCAGCACCACAACCAUCACCCACCGCCUCCAAUCGUACUACAAAACUACUGAGCUUGCAGCGACGCACAAGCUUGUGGAGGGUGGUUGGGGAUGGAGGCGUCUUGUUGGCGGCGCUGCAGCACCUCAACUUCGCCGCAAUGAGCUUCCAGCGACGCACAAGCGAUCUCGAGAAACUCCGGCGAGAAAAGCAGCAGGUCGCCGGAAUCUAGAGGGUGGGGGUGUCCGGAAUCUAGAGGGUGGGGAAGAAGUCGACCUAAUUUUUGGGUAA